CGACACCCACCAUCUCCUUUUCUUCCCCCUAUUCUCGUCGCCGCCCGCUCUCUCUCUCUCUCUCUCUUUCCCCCUCUUCUCUUCUCCUCUCUCGUUCUUUGCCCUCCUGAGAGCGGCCGGCCAUCGGCACCGGCCUAGCUCCUGCGGCGAGAUCUACCCGGCGGCGCUGCUCUCCUCGGCGACGAGCCCUCCUCAAGAUCGCAAGGUUUUAUAUGUGUUAAUGGAUAUGGAAUAUGUUGUUUGAUUAAGUAUUGAAGGGUUCUAGAUCUUGUGUAUCUUUAUCAAUUAGCAAAGUUCAAGUUAAAUAAUAAAUAUAGUCUAUAGAAACAAUGGAGAUACAGACUUCGGGGAGACCUAUUGAUACUUUGGUAGAGAAGGUGCUUUGCAUGAAUAUCCUUUCUUCUGAUUAUUUCAAAGAGCUUUACAGAUUGAAAACAUACCAUGAAGUUAUAGAUGAAAUCUAUCAUCAAGUUGAUCAUGUGGAACCAUGGAUGACUGGCAACUGUAGAGGUCCUUCCACAGCAUUUUGUCUUCUCUAUAAAUUUUUUACAAUGAAACUCACUGUCAAACAAAUGCAUGGACUACUGAAACACCCUGAUUCUCCAUAUAUUAGAGCUAUUGGCUUCCUCUACUUGCGAUAUGUGGCAGAUCCAAAAACGUUGUGGACUUGGUAUGAUCCCUAUAUCAAAGAUGAUGAGGAGUUCUCUCCUGGGUCUAAUGGUCGGAUGACAACCAUGGGGGUAUAUGCACGCGAUCUUCUUCUGGGACAGUAUUACUUUGAUACUCUUUUUCCCCGUGUGCCUGUCCCAGUCAUGCGCCAAAUUGUCUCCAAUCUGGAGAAGAUGAAGCUCCCCACCAAGCCCUCUGGGGCUACUGGAGAGUCCAGCCGUCAUGGCUCAGAUGAUACUGCCCGUCGCCCUCCUUCUGUGAAAGCUUCUUUGUCAGUCUCUUUUGGUCAGCGUGCUCCACAUCGUGCGUCCACCAGGGACUCAUCCCCAGUCCGAAGGACCUUACCAACUCUGCAUGAAAGGAGUGACAGCGAGGAUGUUCGAAGAUCAUCCCCGAGUAAUCGUCGUAGUCGCAGUCGUGAAAGACCUGAUCGAGAUCAUUCAGACCGGGACCGGUUUCGGGAGAGGGACCGGGACCGGGACCGGGAACGGGAUCGGAAUCGGUAUCAUGACCGCGAUCGGGAUCGUGACCGGGAACGAGAUAGGAGGCAUGAGUAUGAUCGACGUGGUGAUCGUGACAGUAGAGAUAGGGACUCUCUCCAGUCCAGAUAUUCAGAGAGGGACAGUGGGAGGCGGGAUCAUGAAAGGAGUGUGCGGGACACUGAUCGACACAGGCGUUCAAGCUCUCGUCGGAGUAGAAGCAGGAGCAGGAGCCGAAGUCGGAGCAGGAGCAGGAGUGUGCAAAUCCAUGGUGCAAACUCUGACCAUCGCCCUAGUCCUUUGAGAGAUGGAAGCAAAGAGAAGACAGCUAGUGUCUCAAGCAAUCUGGCGAAGCUGAAGGAUUUAUAUGGUGAUGGUAGUGACAAGCAAAGUGAAGGUACUGAAAGGAUUCGCAGGGAUACUGGCACUGAAGAGGUGAUCAGAUUGGGGGGGUCUUCUUGGAGGUAAAAUGAAAUGCUUUAAUGGAAUGAGCUGGUUUUGUAACAUUAAUCCCUUGGAUGUAUGAUAAUUUUCCCAGUUACAUGUGAAGGACGUAUUUAAAAUUUGAUGGUAGAUUUGCUUCAUUCUGCAUGAUCCACUUAUAUGUUCAAGGUAAAAGGUUCAAGAAGGUACCGGAGUUUCUCAACUUGGAAAAAAGGCUACUGCCCUAGUUAAGGGCAUGAACUUUCAUAUCCUUGUAUCGACCUUCAUAUAUAUAUUUUUUACGGGUGAACAUGAUGUGGCUCAAAGGUAGCUUUUAGAACGGCCUAUUUGCAGGCAUUGGUAUUUCUAUUCAUUGUGGGUACCUCAUUAAGAACAUGUUGCUUUGCUUUAUGCUUCUGCUUGGCAGGCUGGUUCCUGUCACUUGUAACUGUAUAACUGAUGAAUCCUCUCUCAGAUUUUCUUCGCGAACUGUGAUUUUUAACUCCAAUACCAUUGCUAUUAACUUGUUAA